ACCUUAUCACCACUUUACCUGCCGGCUUGACGGUUAUGUGAUUCGUUUUGUCAGCACUCUCUUACAAUUAUGCAUGCAUACUUUGCAUAGUUUGAUUCCUCCUUUUAUAUAUAACCAUUCAUAGCGAAAUAUUUGUCUCUUGGAUCCAUUUGCAUUCAAAUAAUAGUCUCUAGUAGAGAAACAAUGCCUCGCGGGUUCCAAAUUAGAGCGACUUCAGUUACCAUAUUUGCCCAUUUGUUAUUCAUAGCAAUAACAACACUUGUGUUAGUUUGGUUGUUUCACUUCCGUGAAGGCGUUGCUUUCAAUUCUUCCAACAAACUCAAGAUUUUUAAUCUCCAUCCACUUGUAAUGGUUAUAGGGUUUAUCUUAGUAGGUGGUGAAGCUAUCAUAACAUACAAAUUCAUCCCUGGGAAAAGAAGCUCAGGAAAAGUGGUUCACCUAUUGCUCCAUCUGAUAGCUCUAUUAUCAGGAGUUUUAGGAAUUAUUGCAGUUUUCAAAUCUAAAAAAGAGGCAGGUCUUCCUGAUAUGUAUAGUUUGCACUCUUGGCUAGGCAUCUCUGCAAUCUCCGCGUUUGGUUUUCAGUAUAUAUUGGCAUUCUUUGCUUACUUCUUCCCAGGAGCAGACGCUUCAACAAGAGCUACACUUUUGCCAUGGCACAAGUUUCUAGGAAUUGUGAUAUUCCUCCUUGCAGUUGGCACUGCUGAAACGGGUUUGGUUGAAUAUUUUAAGUUUCUAGAAUUGUUCAGAAACCAAGAGGCACUAAUAGUAAAUUUCACUGGUCUUUUGCUCUUUCUGUUUGCUGUCUUUGUUAGUCUCUCUGUGAUUCUACCAAGAAAUUACUGAGUAAAUUUACUUACUCUUUUUUAUCUAUUCAUCCAUAUUUUGAUGCAAAA